CAGGCUCCUGCAGUCGGAGUCGAGCCGCUGGCGGAUCGGAUCGGGUCGCAGGUCAGCCAUGUCAUCUGAGCCACCUCCGCCGCCACAGCCCCCAACACACCAGGCUUCCGUCGGGCUGCUGGACACCCAGCGGGCCCGAGACCGGUCGCCGUCCCCUCUUCGGGGCAACGUGGUCCCCAGCCCGCUGCCCACCCGCCGGACGAGGACCUUCUCCGCGACGGUGCGGGCUUCUCAAGGUCCUGUCUACAAAGGAGUCUGCAAAUGCUUCUGCCGAUCCAAGGGCCACGGCUUCAUUACCCCGGCCGAUGGCGGCCCCGACAUCUUCCUGCACAUUUCCGACGUGGAGGGGGAGUACGUCCCCGUGGAAGGCGACGAGGUCACCUAUAAGAUGUGCUCCAUCCCCCCCAAGAACGAGAAGCUGCAGGCCGUGGAGGUGGUCAUCACGCAUCUGGCCCCGGGCACCAAGCACGAGACUUGGUCUGGCCACGUCGUCAGUUCCUAGGACACGCCGGAAGCGCCCCUUUUCCUGGGCCCGCGGGAGACUCUGGGGUGGAGGAGGAGGCAGAACCAAACUGCAGAUGACGAUCCACCGCUGGAGACGGGGCUUCAAAGGGGGCAGCGCGGUCCCUUUCGAGCAUCUUCCGGAGGAAGGGGUGUGGGGGGCAGGCACGGGGGUGCUCGCGGCCACCAGCACGGCCUCGGACCAUUGCAACAGCCUCUCACCAUCUGAAAAGCAUUAAAAGCAUGGAAAAAGGA